AAAAAUCUUGUUUUUUGCCAUCCAGGAGGAUAACGAAAUAUUUAAAGAUAUUUAAAAUUUAAAUAACUUUUUAGUAGUUUUUAAACCUAUAUACAUUUUAAACAUAUUUAUUUAAAUUUUCACGUGGAAAUUAUUUACACAUACUUGUUGCCAGCUUUUUGGUUAUCUCUACUUGUUUUUCAUGCUUUUCGUCACAUAGGUUAUCAGCAUAUUAACAAAUUUGACCCCUCUUUUAAGUUAUAAAUCAUUUACAAUACAAAUAGAUUUGUUAAUUUACAACCAGACCCCCAGUGAAGUUAAAUCAAUUCUAUUUAAGUGCCUAAGGUCAGCGAAAUUUAAAACAAAAUCAAUUUAAAUCAUGGCAUCAACAGGUGGUAAUAUCGCACUUUUGUCUGUGUCUGAUAAAAGAGGCUUGGUGGAACUUGGUAGAAACUUAACACAAUUAGGUUUUCAACUGGUUGCUAGUGGUGGUACGGCCAAAUCAUUAAGAGAUGCCGGUCUGCAAGUUAAAGAUGUCUCAGAUAUCUCUAAAGCUCCGGAAAUACUGGGAGGGAGAGUUAAGACACUCCAUCCUGCUGUUCAUGGGGGAAUUUUGUCAAGGCUUAUACCAUCCGAUUUGGAGGAUUUGAAAAAUCAAAACAUUGAACUAAUCAGAAUUGUGAUUUGUAAUCUUUACCCAUUUGUUCAGACAGUGUCUAAACCAAAUGUUACUAUUCCAGAUGCAGUUGAGAACAUUGAUAUUGGUGGUGUUACAUUGUUGAGAGCUGCAGCAAAAAAUCAUGAUCGUGUAACAGUGGUGUGCGAUCCGAAUGAUUAUGAGAAAGUAUUAAAUGAAAUUAAACGGUAUUCCAAUAAAGAUACUUCAUUAGAAACAAGAAAAAGUUUAGCCCUGAAAGCAUUUACUCACACAUCCGAAUAUGACUUAGCUAUAACAGAUUAUUUCAGAAAACAGUAUUCAACUAAUGAAUCUCAACUAACUCUAAGAUAUGGCAUGAACCCUCAUCAGAAACCGGCGCAACUGUUUACAACGUUGCCAAAAUUACCGUUGACUGUUGUGAGUGGUUCUCCUGGUUUUAUUAAUUUGUGUGAUGCAUUGAAUGGUUGGCAGUUGGUUAAAGAAUUGAAAACAGCUUUAGGGUUGCCGGCGGCUACAAGUUUUAAACAUGUGUCUCCAGCGGGUGCUGCAGUGGGUACUCCAUUAUCCAGAGAUGAGUCGAAGCUAUGCAUGGUAGACGACAUACACGAUCUGCUGACCCCUUUAGCUUCAGCCUAUGCCAGAGCCAGAGGUUCGGACAGGAUGUCAUCCUUUGGUGAUUUUAUCGCUCUAUCCGAUACCUGCGACGAGAUCACAGCUAGAAUAAUAUCCAGAGAAGUCUCCGACGGUAUUAUUGCACCUGGAUACACACCUGAAGCUUUAAAUUUGCUGGCUAAGAAGAAAAAUGGAGGAUAUUGUGUACUGCAGAUCGAUCCAACUUACGAACCAGACCCAAUAGAACGCCGUGUACUUUUCGGUUUGUCGUUAGAACAAAAAAGAAACGAUGCCGUUAUUGACAGUUCCCUGUUUAAAAACGUCGUGUCGGCCAAGAAACAGCUACCAGAUGGCGCUGUGAGAGAUCUGAUCGUAGCCACGAUAGCUCUGAAGUACACUCAGAGUAAUUCAGUGUGUUACGCGAGAGAUGGUCAGACUAUUGGAAUUGGAGCAGGACAACAGUCUAGAAUUCAUUGUACCAGAUUGGCAGGCGACAAAGCCGACAACUGGUGGCUCAGAAGACAUCCCAACGUGUUGAAUAUGAAGUUCAAAAAGGGCGUGAAAAGAGCGGAAAUAUCCAAUGCUAUCGAUAAUUAUGUAAACGGAACUGUAGGAAAAGACAUGGAUCAACAAUCGUUCAACUCUAUGUUUGAUGAGGUUCCAGCUCAGCUAACAGAACAAGACAAACGUGACUGGAUCAGUCAAUUAUCUGGAGUAGCUUUAGCAUCUGAUGCAUUCUUCCCAUUCAGGGAUAAUAUUGAUAGAGCCCAACUGAGCGGCGUAUCCUACGUUGGAAGUCCGGUAGGUUCAAUAAAUGACAAUGACGUAAUUCAAGCCUGCAACGAUCAUAAUAUUGUGUUGGCAUUCACUAACUUAAGAUUAUUCCAUCACUAAGUGAUUGGGUGAUUAAUAUUUUUCUAUUUUUUAUUGUUAGAAUCUUUAUCAAAAAUAUAUUUUGUUUUUAUAGAAAAA